AAUCAUCACCAUCUUCUUCUUCUUCUUCCGCAUUCCUCUCUCUCUCUCUCUGUAUCAAUCUCUUGUGCUUCUGAAUCCAAAUGGACUACAAAAUCAAGACCACCACUUCUCCCUCUUCCUCCUCCUCUCCUCCGCCUCCAACUUCACAACCACAAUCGCCGCCGUCUCCGGUGGUGGUUUCGCCUUGCGCGGCCUGCAAGAUCCUCCGCCGUCGUUGUGUUGAGAAGUGCGUGCUGGCCCCCUAUUUUCCACCGACCGAUCCGCUCAAGUUCACCAUUGCUCACCGAGUCUUCGGAGCCAGCAACAUCAUCAAGUUCUUGCAGGAGCUUCCAGAGUCGCAAAGAGCAGAUGCGGUGAGCAGCAUGGUGUACGAAGCAAAUGCGAGGAUAAGGGACCCAGUAUACGGCUGCGCAGGAGCCAUAUGCCAGCUUCAGAAGCAGGUGAGCGAGCUGCAAGCUCAAUUAGCUAAGGCUCAAGCCGAGCUGGUCAACAUGCAAUGCCAGCAGGCCAACUUGGUGGCUCUUAUUUGCAUGGAAAUGAGCCAAUCUCACCCUGACGAGCCCCACUCCACGAUGGCGGCUCAGUUGGCUCAGCCGCCGCAGCACGAAGAUAUGAACUGCUUCUUAGACGACAACAACAUGAACAACUUCGGCUCGGCUUGGGCUUGGGAGCCACUUUGGACAUGAACUGAAAAAUUAUAUUUGUUUCUUAGGCUAUAUUUUAUAUUUAGUAUCAUGAUCAAUAGAGAGACUAAUUUAAUGGAAAAAUUAUAUAUAUUAUAGCGAGUUAAUUUCCAAUAAAGAUAUAUAUACUAUCAAUUAGUUAUGCGGUAGACAUAGAUGACGGUCAUGUUGCUUUGUGCCAAUUCAUAUUAGUCUUCUUGAGAGCC